CUUCAUACCAAAUGUUAGCGUAAUCACCAAUCUCACCUCAAGUCCCCGCAGACCAUCAGUCAUGCGUCUUGUCAACACCAAAACGAUCCAGCUCGAGUUUCUCAACGAUGACAAUGUGCCUGACUACGCAAUUCUUUCCCAUACUUGGGAACAAGAAGAGAUUCUCUUCCACGACAUAGAACUUGCUAGCGCCCGGUUAAAAAAGGGCUAUGCCAAGCUCGAGAACUGCUGUUGCGUAGCACGAGAAAAUGGCUUUGAGUAUAUCUGGGACGAUACUUGCUGUAUCGAUAAGACGAGUAGUGCAGAGCUCUCUGAAGCCAUUAACUCGAUGUAUCGGUACUAUCAAGAGGCCAGCAUUUGUUAUGUAUAUCUCGCAGAUAUUCUCACCGUCUCUAAAAUCUCGAACAGUAGAUGGUUCACCAGAGGUUGGACACUGCAAGAACUCAUUGCGCCGAGUUCAAUGAUCUUCUUCGAUAAAGACUGGCGCGAGUUGGGUACCAAGACAAGCCUUGUGCAGGUGCUAUCACAAAGGACAAACAUACCGGAAUCUAUACUCUGUGACAGCGAAGAGCUGGAGACAACUAGCAUCGCACAGAGAAUGUCGUGGGCAGCUGACAGAGUUACAACACGAAAAGAAGACGGGGCAUAUUCUCUAAUGGGUAUCUUUGCGAUUAAUAUGCCGCUCCUCUACGGCGAAGGCGACAGGGCGUUCUAUCGACUUCAAGAGGAGAUUAUGCGCUUGUCAGACGACCACAGCCUCUUCGCUUGGAAGGUCACCGGUGCUCGCGGCGGCUUGCUUGCCCCGACACCAGCUGCUUUCAAGGACUCGGGUGAUAUUAUCCCAUGGAACCCAUUCACGCCUUAUAACAGUCCAUACACGAUAACCAAUAAAGGCGUGCACAUGGAGGCCCCGUUCAUCGCUCAGGAUACAUCCGGUCGCGGUCUUUGCAUUCUUCAUUGUACGACGAUUGGGACGAGGGAUAAGUUGAUUGCAGUUCAUUUGAGAGAUGUGUAUCUGACAAUGGAGCAUUUUGAGAGGUGUAGGACUGAUGAGUUCGAGUGGGUUGACUUGGGCAGUUUUAGUCUUACACAGUACCCUGUGAGGUCUUUGUGUAUACGGCUACAACUACCAUCAAUCUCCCGAAGGCUAAGACAAAAGGAAGGGCAGACCGAUGCGCUAUCUGAUGCCAGUACUGCUGUUGAGCACAAGAAUGGCCCGUUGUCACUUCCAGAAGCCGCAUCAGCAGGCGAUGCAGGGUCAGUCUGGUUCCUACUAGCUCAAACACCACCUGGAACUGUACACGAUCAGGCCCGUUCAGCAAUAUGUCUCGCUGCUCGAGGUGGCCAUGAGCGCCUGGUUAGCCAGCUGAUGACCAGAAGAGACACAUCUACUCUCAUCACCGACAGUGAAGGCCGAACUGCUCUCUCCCACGCUGCCGAGUGCGGCCAAGAAGCCAUCGUCAGAUUCAUUCUAUCCAGCGCCAGAAUCCAUCCUGACACAAGGGACACAUAUGGAGCAACAGCGUUGUGGUACGCGGUGUACCAUAGACACAGCGCUUGUGCAAAACUACUUCUCCAGAAAGGUUUAGUCUCCGGCAAUGUCGGUGGUAGCGGCAAUACACAAACCGCUCUUUGGCAUGCCACCUCAGCCGGCGAUCUCGAACUCGUGAAAUUGCUCUUGCAGAACAAGGCUCUGGAAGGUGCUGCAGGUGAACCAGCACUCUGUGCAGCUGUCUCCAACGGAAACCUCGCCAUCGCCGAAAUCCUACUCGAAAACGGUGCCGACCCUGACGAACGAGAUACAAAGAGAAGAUCCCCGCUACAUAUUGCAUGUAGACAAGACAACCACGAGAUAGUGGCUCUUCUCAUGAGACACGGCGCCAAUGCUGACAGACUGGACACCACGGGUAAAACGGAAUUGGCUUUUGCGACCUUGAGAGGCAAUGCGGCGUUGGUGAAGCUCUUGCUUGAGAAUGGGGCGAACCCGAGGGCAAAAUGUGCAAAUGGGAAAACGGCAGCGGCUUAUGCUACAGGACAAGAGAUGAAGAGUCUUAUUGGGAAUCAACGGUGGUAUAAGACACUGCUUGAUAGGACGAAUACAAAUCGAUCUGCGUUAUAGCUACAGCCGAGUUGGCGCGCUCAAGACUGAGGUUUUAGUAGUAGAUGUUAUAAAUCUGCGACUGAUGAUGAUUGAGAUGGUCAUGGGAAGAGGAGGAGAUUUUGCUAUCCUGUUUACGCCGGCCUUUGCUCUCGUCUUUUUUCUGUGUAUGCAGCUUUCGUGUAUGGGCCAUGGUUGAGAAAUGAUUAUUGGAUUGAAGUGUUGUUUAAUAGAGAGCAUUUUUUCCAGGGUAAAAAUAGGCAGGAGAUGGAGG